UUUUAUUACCGGUUUAGAAUAAUUUCGGUAUAGAAUAUUUUUAACACUACGAAUUUCUAACGGAAUAAACCGUCUCGUAAUUAACGACAUUGCAAAUUUGAGGUUAUAUUUUGACCAGCAGUUUUGACAUUCAAGAACUGUCAAAAACGUUCUCUUCAUGAAACAUAGGUUAUAUUUUUCUAACCUCACGCAUUCACGUUUUCUUAUCACAAGACUAAACUUUUCGAAUAUAAUAAUCGUCACCAUGGUUGAAGAACAAAGACAAAGAAUUGAGCAAGAAAUGACCAAAAUGGUCAACGAAUUGGAUCUCCAGUACUUACGAAAAAUGCAGGCAGAUAUGCAUCGUUGUGCUGCCAAAUGCUGUGAUAACCGCGAACUGUCUUUAGAAAGUGUUCAAAAGUGUGUUGAAAACUGUGCGUCUCCGCUUAAUUACGCCCAAAAUUAUGUUCAAAAAGAACUUGAGCAGCUACAGAAUAAGUUACAGCGGUGCGUAAUGGACUGUAAUGACGACAUUCGCGUUAAGAUGGGACCCAACCCAACUGAGGCUGAGAUAAGCAAAUACACUGCCCUUUUUGAAAGCUGUGCGAAAGACUGUGUGGAUAAACAACUUGCGUAUAUGCCGUCGUUAUUGAAGAGAAUGAAAAGUGAACUAGGACGAAAUCAGUGACUGGUUGUUGAAUAAUUCUAGAUGGAUUUUUAGUAUAGAAUUUAUUAAGUAAAGUUCAUUUGCUAACUGUU